AUGGCGCGGGUGCGGUCCUUAGACCCCCGGCCGAUGCGGUGCUACCGCUGCCUGCUCACGGGUCACGUGGGCCAGCGAUGCACCGCCAAGGAGGACCGCGGCGGAGUCUGUUUCCGCUGCGGUCAAGACGGCCACAAGGCCGCAUCGUGCACCGCCCUUCGCCACACUAAGGUACUGUGCAGCGGCCAAGAAGAAGGCGGACCACAGGAUGGGCAGCACCAAGGGGUGCCGUCCGCCAAAACAGGCGGCGAGAGUGGAGGAGAUGGAGGCCGAGUCCGGCCCGUCACCUCCCACCAUGGGCCUCGCGGCAGCCGAUGCGGGGGCGUCGGCUGUCACCUAAGGCGGGAUGAGGCCAGGAGUUGGCGCGCGUGGUGUCCGCGCGCGCCACUCAGGAGUGGGGCUGAAUAG